UGGUCGUAUGCUUGUACAGGGGUGCCUGCUAAAAGCCAAGUAGAUGAGAUCAUUUCACACUCUUGUUUUGAAAGAAGUGGUCAAAGGAAAUGGAUAGCUAUUCUGACUUCAACAGAAACAACCUUUCAUCUUCAGUUAAUAUGUCUAUUUCUUUGCCUGAAGAAGUUGGACUCAAUGCCACCAAUGUUAGUCCAUCUAUGUCAAUAAGCAGGCUUUUUCCAGCCUUGUUAGAAUGCUUUGGAAUAAUUCUUUGUGGAUACAUAGCUGGAAGAGCCAACAUUAUCACAUCAACUCAGGCCAAAGGACUGGGAAAUUUUGUGUCCCGUUUCGCACUCCCAGCUCUGCUGUUCAAAAACAUGGUGGUACUUAAGUUUUCUAACGUGAAUUGGUCCUUCCUGUACAGUAUUUUAGUUGCCAAAGCUGCCGUGUUUUUUUUAGUCUGUGUUUUAACAUUGUUGGUAGCAAGUCCUGAGAAUCGAUUUAGCAAAGCAGGCUUGUACCCUAUUUUUGCUACACAAAGCAAUGACUUUGCACUGGGAUAUCCAAUAGUUGAAGCUUUAUAUCAAACCACUUACCCAGAAUAUCUCCAGUACAUUUACCUAGUGGCUCCAAUAUCUCUGAUGAUGCUAAACCCCCUGGGGUUUAUCUUCUGUGAAAUCCAGAAGUGGAGGGAUAAUCGCACUGUGUCACACAGCAAAAUUAAAAUAGUGGGCCUAGCACUUCUUCGAGUUUUGCAGAACCCAAUUGUGUUCAUGGUCUUCAUAGGAAUUGCCUCAAACUUUAUUCUUGGCCAGAAAAUUCCUGAAUACCUUGAAAACUUCCUUGAUGGACUGGGCAGUUCAUUUUCUGGUUCUGCACUUUUUUACCUUGGACUAACUAUGGUGGGACAAACUAAAAAACUGACAAAGAGUAUGUUUGUUACUCUGAUCCUUCUCAUCACAGCUAAACUACUUAUGAUGCCGUUUCUCUGUAGGGAAAUGGUGGAACUCUUUGACAAGAGUGACAACGUAGUCAACCAUACCAGUUUAUCAAACUAUGCAUUUCUUUAUGGAGUUUUUCCAGCAGCACCUGGUGUCGCAAUAUUUGCAAGUCAAUUUAAUAUGGAAGUGGGAAUUAUUACCUCAGGCAUGGUGAUAAGCACUUUUGUGUCUGCACCUAUUAUGUACGUUUCUGCGUGGCUGUUGACAAUUCCAUUUAUGGACCCCAACCCACUGGCAUCUGCGCUCCAAAAUGUUAGCUUUGACAUAAGUAUUGUCAGUCUCAUUUCUCUGAUCUGGUCUCUUGCUGUUAUUCUUUUGAGUAAGAAAUACAAACAGCUUCCACAUAUGAUUACGACAAAUCUCCUUGUUGCUCAGUUUAUUGCUUGCAUCGGAAUGGUUGUAUGGAACUUCAUUGUUAAAGAGAAGGACAUCACCCUACAGAUCCUAGUAUUUAUAUUCCUCUAUAGCUCACUUUAUAGCACCUACCUGUGGACAGGUUUUCUGUCUUUCUCUUUGUUUCUGUUGAGGAAGAGAGAAACAGUAAAGAUUCCCAUUGGCUUUAUUAUCGUGGCUGGAUGGGGAAUUCCAACACUUAUGGUGGGAAUCUUGCUAAUUUUUGGUGAAUGUAACAACACCAGUAUUGACUCUGCCUUUUUCUAUGGAAAAUAUCAGAUAAUUACCACAGCGGUGAUUCUGUUCACCAGUAUAUUGAUGUCAGGUAUCUCACUUAUGUGCAUGAACAGAACUAGGGAAGAGUCAAGCUAUGAGGUGUUGAACCCAUAUUCACCACGUAGCCAAGUGGAGGAGGUUGAAGUGGAAGGGAGUGAGGGGAAUCAAGUUCCUCAGUCUUCUGUUCCUCAGUCUUCUGCAGGAUCUUCUGCGCAGACUUCUCUAGAAUCUUCUGCACAGCCACCUUCUGAAAGAGGUUGCUGUUCUUGUCAGACAAAAAAUGGUGAAUUAUCCUGUGCUGGAGAAAGCAAAGUGGUGUCAAAUUCUGUUGAAAGCAAGGUUCCCUCAAUUGAAACAGCUGAUCAGUGUGUAAAUCAUUGCAGUGCUCAAACCUGUGUAUUGGCUCAGGAAGAACAGCUUCUACAGACUGGAGACAAACAGCUGGCCAGACAUGUGCUGCUGUGCUUGCUUCUUGUUGUUGGCUUGUUUGCUAAUCUUUCCAGUUGUUUGUGGUGGCUGUUCAACCAAGAGCCUGGAAGGCUGUAUGUGGAAUUGCAAUUCUUCUGUGCUGUGUUUAAUUUUGGUCAGGGUUUCAUUUGCUUUGGUAUUUUUGGCUUAGAUAAGCAUUUAAUCAUUCUACCAUUCAAGCGAAGACUUGAAUUUUUCUGGGGAGGAAGGGAAUCGGCAGGGCAUAGCGAUCCCUCUGUACCUGAGGAAAUAAGGAUGACCUGUCAACAGUUUGUUCGUUAUCAUAGAGAUCACUGUGUCAAAAGUAUUGUCAGAGGCAGAAGGUGUGGUGCAAAGAUCUCCACUGGCAUCUUCUUUGGCUGUGACCUGGUGAACUGGCUCAUGCAAGUUGGCCUUGCCUCUGACCGUGGUGAAGCUGUGGUGUAUGGAGACAGACUGAUGAAAGGAGGCGUCAUCCAGCACAUCACAAAUGAAUUCGAGUUUCGGGAUGAAUAUUUAUAUUACCGCUUUAUUCCGAAGAGAUCAGUUCCAGUUGAGAGUCAUUGACCUGAGCAUGUAGUCAGAGGACAGGCAA